AUGAGUGUGCCAGUUUACGACCCCAACUUCGAAUUUAAUGCGCCGAAGUUCCAUGACUUUGCCAACCCAAGUGAAGAGGAAGAUGCUGAUUCUUGGUUUGACAAGGUAGAUUCUUCGGGGAAGAAGCUAUUGAGACCGGACAAGGCAAGACCCACGGAAGAGAACAUGGACACUGAGAUGACAGAGGCUGGUGAAGUGACGGCCGAUGCAAACUCACACCCCGCUGUCUCCGAGGAUGUGCACAUGGAAGAAGAGUCCUGUGCAGCGGAGGCUCAGAAUUUGGAGGUUCAUGUGAACAGCGAGCCUGAACCGUUUGCUUCAAAUGAGGAGAAGAAGGAGAAUCAAGAAGCCAAUGUCCCAGCGCCUACCAAAGCACAUGAUUCUAACGUCACAGAGAACAAGGAUGCGCCAAUGCAGACUCGUCAGAGCAAGAACAUGUCCAAACUCACAGAGAACAUUCUUGCUCUUGCUGAAUUCAAAGCGAAUGAGAAGAAGCUCGUCGAAAUCGCUUCUAGCAACCUUGCAGAAGCUGUUGUGGAAGGAGCUUGGGACUCCAAGUCGCCUCUCGUCAAGAAGAGGCAGUCAAGAGAAGUGGCAGACGACAAGGAUCUGCACAAGAAGGCUGUUUCCAAGGCCUCAGCCACCACUGAGGAGCCUACCAAGAAAAAGGCUAAGAUGCAUGAGAAGGACACGAAAGGCUCCCCCGUCGAGAUGAAGACUCCUUCCUUCUCUCGCUUUGGAAGCAGCCGCACCGGCAGCGUGUCCUCGGCGAGAAGAUCCACGUCAGCGCCUCGCCACCGUCCUUCCGCUACUCCGAGCUCGUCCUGCAAGACUCCUUCAUCUGUUUUCAGGCCAACUGCAGCGAGCUUGGCCAAAGCUGAGUCGACGAAGAAGAGGCUCAUGUCCGAGCGAUCGGUCGAGGGCUCUGCCUCCAAGCUGAGACCUCGCUCUGCCUCCAAGCUCACCGUCCCCAUCAGCCCCAAGCUGUCGAGCAGCUCCCGCUUUCGACGUCGAGCCUCCAAUUCGGACCUGACGAGCUUGAGCCAGAGCUCGAUCCGAUCUGAGAGAAGCUCGAGCAGCAUCAAGUCUUCCUCCUCCUACACGCCAUCCCGACUGACCGUGCCCAAGUCACCGAAGCUGUCCCACCGAUCCUCCUCUCGCCCGAAGAAAGAGGUUGACAGCGACACCCGACAGAUGGAAGAGGCGCAGGCUGCCAUUGAGAACAUGAAGAAGAGGAGGAAGAUGGGCGAGGCUCGCUUGAAGGGGAUGCUGCAGCCGAAAGGAGAGGCCGGUGGCAUGGCCAUCAGGUCUACCAAGGGCUUGACUGUCCCCGUCAGCCCCAACCUGAGAACUUCCCUACGGGAGAGGUCUGUCUCCGACUGCGACACCUCGGACGCCGAGGUGCCGCUCGGUGAGCGCCUGCGUCAGCAUGAGAAGUCCACCAGAGUCCACACUAAGAAGACUUCUCCCAAGUCCAACAUGCCGCUCAAGCUCACGGAGCCCAAGACUCCUGAGUUCAGUUCCUUCCGCCGCUCAACUCGUCACGUGAAGAGUCAGGCGGAGCGCGAGGAGGAGGAGCUGGAGGAGAUGAAGAGGAAGCAGUUCAAGGCCAGGCCCCUCAACGACAAGAUCCUCUCCAGCUGUGGAGACCUUGGAGUCCCCAAGGUACAGAAGAAAGCUCUCACAACUCCCUGCGGUCCUCGCCUCCGCUCGGAGGACCGUGCCAUGCGCUCUCGCUCCUCCUCGCUUGACAGUCUCAGCUCGCUCUCCACUGAGAGCCUCGGCAGCAGCUUCAAGGCUCGCCCUGUCCCCAAGGCUGUUCGAGCUGCCCCCAAACCGUCAGCCACCCCUCGUCAGGAGCGUAAGUUAACGAUCCCCACCUCUCCCAACCUCGCCACGAGAUGUCGCGUGCGCAAUCAGUCGAUGUCUGCAUCGUCGGAUGACGAGAAGUGGAGCUUCAAGGCCCAGCCCGUGCCGGACAUGAACAGGAAGUUCGUCCCCAAGCACGACCACGUCAACCUCACGGAGCCCGAGCCCUUCCACCUCUCCACAGAGGACAGGCACCGGAUGCACGAGGAACAGAUGAAGAGGAGGAUGGAGGAGGAGGAGAAGAAGCAGAGGGAGUCGCGCGUCUUCAAGGCCAACCCCGUCCGCAGCGCCUCAGAGCUGAACAAGAUCGGAGUUGGCAGCGUGGAGAAGAAGAGUCUGACGGAGCCGAAGCCCUUCAACCUGCGGUCAGAGACCCGGCACGAGCACUUCUCGCAGAUGUGGGAGAUGCAGGUGGAGAAGGACCUUGAGAACGAGAGGGCCAAGUUCUCCUCCUUCACUGCCCGGGCCGUUCCCAAGACCGUCACCGACAGCUCGAAAGUCUUCACCCCCCGUCGAGCGUCGAAGCCACUGACCGAGGUGAGGGAGUUCGAUCUCAACGUGGACAGGAGGGGAGAGAUGAGGAAGGAGUUCGAGAAGCGCCGCGCGGACAAGGAGGCGAUGAUGGAGGCCGAGAAGCGGGAGGAGGAACGGAGGAGGCAGGAGGAGGAGCAGCGGGAACUUAAGGAGCUUCGGCAGUCGAUGACGAUCAAGGCUCGUCCUGUGCCUGAGUCUGUGUACACGGCCGUACAGGAGAUCCAGCGAUCGACGAAGCCGCUGACGGAGCCGAUCUCACCGCAUUUCCGCACCGACAUGCGAUUACGCAGCAGGGUGUGA